CAACGUCGCGCUAUCCUAUCGAGAUAAGGGACUUUUUGAACAUACACUUGACCAAGGUCCCAUCCAAGGUAACUCGUCUUGCCCUUUAUUUUGGCCAUACCGCAUGUUUUCUAGUUUCAAUGGAGAGUUUCGAUAAUGUGACGCGACCCCUCAAAACACUUAUCGAAAGUGAGGAGCAGGGCUCACUGGAUGCAACUAUUCCUGAGCCAGCACGACCAGCAUCUUGUGAUAUCAAUAUCAAAGAUACGAAGCUAAAUGGCACUACGACCCCAUUCGAGGAGCAGUCAGUUACCCGCGGCCUUGCCAACCAUGUGCCAAUAUUUGACGAGGGUACGGAGGCUGGAGAUGAGGAGCCAAAUGUCGCCGAAUCCUUUGAACGGACGUCUUCCCCUUCCACUGGGGCCCAGAGAAGUCGGCAUUUCCUCGAUGGGAAGAUAGGAGAUGACUGGGUCUCCAGAAUGCACAAGUUCUCGCUAUAUGAGACUUCAACGCGGUAUUACAUGGUGGGCAUGGAUUUGUUGGAGCAACGUUUCCGGAUUCUAAAGAUCGAGCGCACUUCUGAGCUGGACGAUCUCAACAUCUCAGAAGACGAUACCGUUUACACCAAAAGUGAAAUGAAUGAGCUCCUAGAUGCGGUUGAUGAUGGAAACAAAAGCUCUGGUGGCUUAAAGCUUAGAUGCAGUUCCUGGGGCCUACUAGGUUUCAUUAAAUUUACUGGGCCAUACUACAUGCUUCUGGUCACGAGAAGAAGUCAAGUUGCAAUGAUUGGCGGACACUAUAUCUACCAGAUUGACGGCACAGAACUUGUACCAUUAACCUCUACAGCAUCAGCCCGAACUAAAUCUGAAAAAAAUGCUGAGGAGGCAAGAUUCAUUGCCAUUAUGAAUAAUGUCGAUUUAACACGAUCCUUUUACUUCAGUUACUCUUAUAACAUCACUCGAACGCUGCAACGAAAUAUUUCUUACGAACGAGAGAAACUACAAAGAGGAAGUUCUGACGGUCGCGACGUUGAUCACAAUCCAAUGUUUGUUUGGAAUUAUUACAUGUUGGAACCUGUGGUUUCCCUUUUUAAGAAUGCGUUUGACUGGUGCCUCCCGAUCAUACACGGAUAUGUUGAUCAGUCGAUGAUAUCCGUCUAUGGAAGACUAGUAUAUGUAACCAUAAUUGCCCGCCGGUCUAGAUUCUUUGCAGGGGCACGAUUUCUGAAGCGCGGCGCAAACGAUCUUGGUUACGUCGCCAACGAUGUUGAAACCGAACAGAUUGUCUCCGAAAUGUUGACCACCUCCUUUCAUUCUCCUGGACCAAAGCUUUACGCAAAUCCUCAGUACACUUCGUAUGUACAACACCGUGGUAGUAUUCCAUUGCAUUGGACGCAGGACAGUACAGGGGUCAGCCCGAAGCCCGAUAUUGAGCUGAAUCUUGUUGACCCGUUCUAUUCGGCUGCUGCUCUUCAUUUCAAUAACCUGUUCGAACGAUAUGGCGCACCCGUGUACGUCUUGAACCUUAUCAAAGCCAGGGAGAGAGUCCCACGGGAAUCCAAAUUGCUAACGGAGUUUACGAAUGCCAUUACCUACCUAAAUCAAUUUCUGCCUGAAGAUAAGAAAAUUCUUUACAAAGCUUGGGACAUGAGUCGAGCGUCAAAGAGUCGUGAUCAAGAUGUCAUCGGCACGUUAGAGGACAUCGCUGAGGAUAUAAUACCAAAGACAGGGUUUUUCCGCAACGGCAAGGAUGCUGAAUCCGGGUUGCAGUUACAAAAUGGCAUUGCAAGAACAAAUUGUAUCGACUGCCUUGACCGAACGAAUGCCGCCCAGUUUGUCAUUGGUAAGCGGGCGCUGGGAUAUCAACUCCAUGCCUUGGGGAUUAUCGACGAAGUAUCCGUCGAGUAUGACACCGAUGCGAUGAACUUGUUCACUACCAUGUGGCAUCAUCAUGGCGAUACAAUAGCAGUUCAAUAUGGUGGAUCACACCUCGUGAACACCAUGGCGACCUAUAGAAAAAUCAACCAGUGGACGAGCCAUUCCAGAGAUAUGGUUGAAAGCUUUAAACGAUAUUAUAACAAUUCCUUUCUCGAUGCGCAGCGCCAGGAAGCGUACAACUUAUUCCUAGGGAACUACAUAUUUUCCCACGGCCAGCCCAUGUUGUGGGAACUUGCCACGGAUUAUUAUCUCCAUCAUUCGGAUCCACGAGUACGGUCGAACAACUAUAAUUAUAUAAACUGGUUCAAUCCAGAAUACUUGAAACCUCACCAAACACCGUCAGCCGUGGUUCCAAAAGGUGUAAAGAAUCCCCAGGUCAACAACUACGACGACUACUGGCUAGAAUACUACCGUCCGUUGGCCGUGUCUUCCUUUUCCAAAAUCUUCUCAAACAAGAUGAAAUCAACAAUACGUUAUCUUCCUUUCCGAUCGAUCCAAGGGGUUCAGUACAACUUCAGUCCAUUUGUCGUGCGUGUGGUUAACGAACCCGAUGGUCGUGAGAAGAAACCAUCCCGCCGAAAAGGCGUCACCAUCCAAGAACCAUCAGAUAUCCAAAGCGAAGACGCACGCUCCAUGAACUCCUUCGUCGACUCAUCAGCUGUCUCUAAACCUAUCCAGAACUGGCUCCAGCAACCUCCCUCUGCCGAGAAACACCCGCCCCAGACCGGUAUCAUGAAAGCACCCCGUUUCGAAACUUCCGACAGCCCAGAAACCUAUAUGGCCAACAACUCACAUGCUCCUAGUAAAGCACAACUCAUCCAAUGGAGUCUGGACGAGCUAGUCUACGAAUCACUCCACCCAUCAGUCUCCGCUGUGGAGGCAGAAGAGUACGAACGCUACAUCAAUCACCCUCUCAAAGUCCCCCUUGUCGUGACCUCAGAGGACACGCUGGCUGCCGCUUCGCUGGCGGAGCGUGGAUCAAACCUUGACCUUUUCGAAUAUGCCAAUAAAUUCACACUCGACGAUGCUAACUUGGACUUAUUAGCGGAGGAUAAUUUGCCAGACUAUCUUGAGUUUGUCAAUGUGAGUGAGGAAGGAUUGACAGUCAUAGCAGAGGACCACGAUAAGAAAAGGUACAAGCGUUAUCGGCAGUGGUUGAGAGGAAAGAGCCUGUUCAAGCAGCGAGUUGAUUCGUGAUACGUAGUUCUUUGUCUCAGCUCAUGGUUAUGAGGGUGCGCUGUCUGUACUGUGGCGUACAUUUCUCUCUUGCGUUUUCAUCGUUUAACUAAUUGGAUAAUAUCCCAUGACGAUACAUUUAUACCCUACACUUGUUGAUCUUGGAGGACAUAGGUGUUAGACUCCAUAGCUUCAAAAAUUUAAUAUUGUUUUAACGAAAGGAAAAUUGUUGAGACAAAUAUCACGCAAUUGUCGGAGCGAAGUGAAUUGUUACCCCUCUUUGCUAUCAAAAUACUCAUUAUCGAUCAGCAGACCACUCAACCUCGUAUCCCCUUGAACCAACUUUCCAAAUUCACUAUCAACAUCAAUAACUUGUCCCUUCCCUCCCUUGUCUCCACCCUGUUCUCCUAUUUCAUUACCAGUCUCCUCCAUAGCCGGACCCACGCACUCCUCGAUCGCAAUCCUUACUACUGCAACUACGACCUUAAGCCCACCCUGUAGCUGAAGUAACUCUGCCUUCUGUCCACUGCCAUUGUCGCCCCCAGUGCCUAUCCCUAUAUCUACCAAACCAUCACAGAUAUGCAACCAACAGGCACACAACCCGCCUAGUAUCUCUGCCCGCCACCUCCAAAUUCUCGGCCAUGCGUUCAAGACUAGCAUUCUUGUCGCUUCAACCGCCGCAGCAAGAAGUGGCGGGAAUACUGUUCCAAACGGGUUGGACAAUGUGGCUGAAAUCAUCGGAACGAGAUCUUGGAGAUGCUUGGUGGUGUGGAUACCUAACUCCGAGAGGACCGGUGGGAGCUGGAAGAGAAGGAGGGUAGAGAGGCGGGGAUAUGGAUACGAGGAUAUUGAGGUGUUUUCAAUCGGGCGAGGGUUGCUGGUGUGGUGAUAAGAGUGAAGGAUGCCGUGGCGCAGGAGGUUAGUGAGAGAUUCCACACGCUUUUGAGAUUCGGAAUCUAGUUUCGGUCUGGAUUGGGUGGGUCUUAGUGGUGUUGAUGUAGGUUGGAGUAGGGGUGAAGGGAAACGAGUGCGGAUUACGGCGUGAAGUGCUGGGUAGGCAUAUUGGAGAAGAUGAAUGGAUUCAGGCUCAGGUGUGAUUGUAGGAAGGGAGAGCAGGCAAGGGUUAAGAGCGUCUUGGAAUACUGAAUCCAGGUUUGUGCGCUGGAGUAUAUCUGAGUUUGACUGUUCAAGGGGAGCUAGGAAUUUCGACAGCAACUCGCAGCCCUUGGCCUUGAAUGAGAGGGUUUCGUCAUCUAUUAAGGAUAGGAUUGCUGGGACAAGGAGAGGGAAUUGCGAUUCAAGUGCGAGUUUGUCAGAUGGCUAAUAGGGUGGAUUCUCUCUAUUAGUAUAUCUCAUCUCCAUUGAAAUUUUAGAAGCAUAUUAGAAACAUUUAUCUGUUGUUACAGCGAGCUGGCAGUGGAUUUCCAUUGUUUUAGUGUCAGGGGUACCGUAGAAAAUAGUAACUGUCAACGUACCGAAUAUCUUCCAAUAACCCAAGAAAGUACCGUAAUCAGGUACACAUCUCUAAGCUUCCACGGCUUGGACUCUGGGUCAAAAAUGCUCGGGUCAAAUCUUGGUUGUGGAAGAGGGUGGACAUUUUUUCUGCCUGCAGCUGUCACCGCGGGCGUCUUCGUCUUCGAAAACAAUGGCUUUAUUUUCUUUCUAAGAAUAUCUUCCUGAAUAGCAGCCAACUCUCCUCUCGUCCCUGAGCCAAGGCAUGACUCAUAGUUUUGAAGAAUAGUUGAGGACUCAUUGAAUGCACGCUCCGUCGUCCAAGGGUCCUUCCUGCACGUGAAGGCGGCUAGGGAGGCGAUGACAUCAAUUGCAUCCUCGUCUUCAAGGUUUUCGAUAGGGCUAAUCAAAUUGAGAAGUCCUAAAACCGAUACUCCAACACUUGAUUUUAGUCGGGCCA